UUUCUACUUCUUCUCUGCCGGCUUUCUCUUCGCACCCCAGGUCGUUUCCUGGUCCCUGACCCCGGCGCCUAAGCGCCCCUCACACGAACCCAGAGCCUAGUUUUCAUUCCGAAUCUCUCCGAGGCUCGGAGCGGCUCUGCCGUGCGUCUUAGCGGGGCGGCCCGGGCUAAGGCCUUCCGCGCAGACCUGACCCCGCGUCUCGCCACAGCUUCGUCGAGGUCUCCUCCGCCGCCGCCGCCGUCGUCUCGGGAUGCCGCGGCCGGGGUCCGCGCAGCGCUGGGCGUCCGCCGUGGGCCGUUGGGGCUGCAGGCUGCUAGCGCUGCUGCUGCUGCUGCUGCUGCUGCUGGUGCCGGGGCCCGGCGGCGCCUCUGAGAUCACAUUCGAGCUGCCCGACAACGCCAAGCAGUGCUUCUACGAGGACAUCGCUCAGGGCACCAAGUGCACCCUAGAGUUUCAGGUGAUUACUGGCGGUCACUAUGAUGUAGAUUGUCGAUUAGAAGAUCCUGAUGGUAAAGUGUUAUACAAAGAAAUGAAGAAACAGUAUGAUAGUUUUACCUUCACGGCCUCCAAAAAUGGGACAUACAAAUUUUGCUUCAGCAAUGAAUUUUCUACUUUCACACAUAAAACCGUAUAUUUUGAUUUUCAAGUUGGAGAAGACCCACCUUUGUUUCCUAGUGAGAACCGAGUCAGUGCUCUUACCCAGAUGGAAUCUGCCUGUGUUUCAAUUCAUGAAGCUCUGAAGUCUGUCAUCGACUAUCAGACUCAUUUCCGUUUGAGAGAAGCUCAAGGCCGAAGCCGAGCAGAGGAUCUAAAUACGAGAGUGGCCUAUUGGUCAGUAGGAGAAGCCCUUAUUCUUCUGGUGGUUAGCAUAGGGCAGGUAUUUCUUCUGAAAAGCUUUUUCUCAGAUAAAAGAACCACCACAACUCGUGUUGGAUCAUAACUACGUUUUAAGAGUUGAUGCACCAUUGCCACUGUAAUAUUGCUGUCCUCUAAUUAAUUUUAGGUACUGAAGAACUUAAUAUUGGCAACAUUUUUAAAACCUUACUCAUACACUUGUUGGGAGGGAUGUUCAAUGCAUAUCCCCAAACUCUGGAAAGGACACCUUUUUUUAUGUGUAAAGGUGGAAAACUUUGGAACUUAUUUUGGGCUAUUCAUGUUAAAUAUUCAACACCAAUGAUCUACUUUUUUCUUGGUUGUUUAUAUUUACUCUUCACAGACUAAACUUUGGUAUUUUGAUUCCUUUUAGCCAUUUAAAAGUACUUUUCUUAUAGGUAGUUAAUAUUUUAAAAACCUUAGAUCUGUGUACAUGUGUUAUGGAGGAAGAAAAUUGCCUUUUUAUUGUUUAUAGUGAAUAAAGAUUUGUUUUUAAGAAAACCAAAUGUGAUUAACUGUAGCCCAAGCCCUGUUCUGCACUGUUUAUUGGGGGGGGGAAAAUCUACCAUAGGAAUGUUAGUUAAUAUUGAUAUAAUUUUUAAUUGACACAUCAUUGUAUAAUUUACUUCUCACUAACUUGGAAAGUGUCAGACUUGUUUUGGGGGUUUAUUUUAUGAUUUAUAACCAGCUACAUUAUUUUUUCCUAAAAGCAUUCUUACCACAGAAAACCAUGUGUUUCAGUAGCAUAAUAGAGUUUCUACAGGCCUUAAAAAAUCAGACUGUUAAUAACAGGCAGAAUAAUUACAGAAUAAUUUAAGACACUACAAUGGAAGCAAGUGAAAUAGGGAAAUUUUUAAUGCGUUAUAUGCUCUGCACUCAUUACAUUUUCAGUGCUUUUACAAAGGAAAAAGAUAUUCUGUUUUACCAUUUUAAUUGGCUGGUUCUUAACCUAUGUGGCUUUAAUUUCUUUGAGUCAUUACCAGCUUAAAUUGACAGUUGUAAUAUUAGUAUCACAUUAGUGCCAUACAUUUUAUCCUCAUGGGUGUGAUGCACUGAGAAGUUAGUUUCUUUGUUUUUUUCCGUCUUUGUUUUUGUCUUGCACAUCUUAUUUCUACAAUCUCUGGUUAGCAACCCUAAAGUGAUUUUAAAAACGUUAAGUGCUGUGUGUUUCCUGUUUUGUGAUCUUUAUUGAUUGUAUUUCAUUUAGUGUACAUUCAGUACACUAUAGGGUUUAGACAGUUUGCAUUUCAUAAACCUGUAUAGAUGGAGCUGAGUGAAAAAAGAUUUUGUUUCAAGCAUUCAAGAAUAGGAUAUAACAUGACGCAAAAUUGUAUCGUAAUUUAAAGCUUUUCUGCUGUUUUUUUUUUUAAAAUGCAACUGUUUUUCUUCCAUGCCUCCCUUCCCCACCCAAAUGUGAUGAGUACUGAAAAAAACUCAUAUCGUAGAGACUUUGAUAUGUGAUACCAUAGAAUACUGAUUGGAUAACAAUUCUAGUCAUCCUAACUGACUAGAAGUUGACUCUUAAUUCUAAGCUGUCUUAAAAUGCAUAUAUACACUUUGCAUGUAGAAUUCUGCAAAAUGAAUUCAAAUUGUCAUGUUUGCUAAUUUCAGAUACCACAGUGUAGCAGGGGUGAACUUGUUUUCAGCCCUUUAAUUUUAAGAUUUUUGAAGACGAAAUAACUACUCCUUAAACACCAUUUAUCAAUGGAUUAAGAAGUAAAGUUUAAGAUUUUGCAGAUUUAUCUGUUUGGGUUCUUGUAUUCAAGUUGUCCUGCAGCUUUGUAAGUGUCCCUUUAUAUUUAGAUUUGAAAGUUUUAAACACUAAUGUUAAUGUGAUUGAUAAGCAUGGGCAUAUGUAAAAUGUCCUUUUCUGGUUGCCUGUCUACUCUAUUGUGUUCAGAUAUUAUACCAUAAUUAAACAGUCAGGUAUAGAUCUUACUGAGUUGGCAUAGAUAGUACACUCAUUUAAUCUGUGCCUUUCAAAACUUUAUAUUAGAUUAUAACCACAAAUCAUUUUUGAUCAAACUAUUGGGAUAUAUUAAAAUUUUUGAAAUCACUGCUGUUAUCUGUUGUAGAAAAUAGUGUGGGCUUAGUGUAGGCUUUAUGUAACUGGUUAAAUUUUGAUGGCUGUCUAUACUCAACUGGGUACGUAUGUAUAGAUUAGAAAAUACAUGUCUAUCUAGACAGAAAUGCUAAGUAACAUUUUUUUCUUCCUCCUACUACAUAAUUUGUAGCUCAUCUUAUUUCUUUAAUCCUUUCAUAACUUGUUGCAGCAGUUUGAAUUUCUCAAAUAUUUAUGUUUGGACAUAUGGCUCAGAAUACAUAUUUGAACAUCAUAGUUGUAUAUAUUUUUAAAGUAUAAUAAAUAAUGGAAAAUGACUUGAUAUACAAGUUUAUACAAAAAUUUCAAUUGUGUGAAGAUACAUUUUAAGAUAUUACUUUGCUAAAAAUUGAAACAUUCUUUUUUCUAUUAAGGAAACAAACGGUUUUUGGUUCACAGCUUUCAUCCAGGCUUGAUGAUAAUCAACUUUGAAAAUACAGUGGACUGAAAAGCAGUUUUAUUCUUUGAAAGACUUCAUUUAAAGCUCUGUACUAUCCAUUUUUGUCUUAGUUUGUAAAUGUGUAGCAUUUAUAAUUAAAUAGGACAAAGCAGACCCUAUGGCUAUUGUUUUCAAAAAUUAAAUUAAUAUAUAAUAAAUUCAAAGGGGAUUUUCAUUUAUUUUUGAAUAGAAAAAGAAAUUUCUCUGAAUUAACAUAUGUUGGUUCUGCAGGAUUGCACCAAUCAGUUUCUUGUAGAAUAAAAAAAUCUUUCAAAAAACUGAUUUCACUUGUUUCUGUUAGGAUUUAAAUCUUUCUAAAGCUCCUUAUAAAUUUACAGCUUGGAGUACAGUUUUGUGACAAGAGUGAUUAUUUAUUUGGUAAUUCAUUAAAACAUCUGAGGGACUGGCCAAGAAAUAAAGAAGAAAUACCAA